AUGCUUGCACUGGAUAUAAUCGAGCCAGUGUCGGGACCCACAUCGUGGAUUUCACCAAUAGUGAUCGUCUUCAAAGAAGGGGGCGAAAUGAGACUGUGCAUCGAUAUGCGCAGGGCAAAUCAAGCCGUAUUACGCGAGAAUUAUCCACUCCCCACCUUUGAGGUAUUUAUGACCAAACUAAGAGGAGCCAAAUUCUUUUCAAGAAUUGACCUGAAAUGGGCAUACCACCAGUUAGAGUUGCACAAGUCCAGUCGCCACAUCACGACGUUUAUCUCACACAAGGGCGUUUUUCAGUACAAGAGACUGAUGUUUGGAAUAAACUCAGCUCCUGAAAUAUUUCAACGCGUGAUAGAAAAGCUUUUAUGCUCGUGCAAAAACGCACUAAAUUACAUAGAUGAUAUCAUCAUAUUCGGAAGAACAGAGCUGGAACACGAUGAAGCCGUCAAAAAAGUGGUAGACGUAUUCAAAAACAACAAUCUCCUACUGAAUGAAGCGAAAUGUGUGUGGAAGGUAAGGCAACUCAAGUUUCUUGGCCAUUUGAUAUCCGAUGGGGGCAUCGCACCAGAUCCUAGUAAAGUCCAGACGAUCAGGGAUUUUCGGGCUCCACAAUCAAAGGAAGAGUUGAGGAGUUUCUUAGGGUUGGUAACGUACGUAGGCAAAUUCAUCCCCGAUCUCGCCAGCACGACUGAAUCGCUAAGAUGUUUAUUGAAACUAAAUUGCAAGUUCACUUGGGGUGAACCCCAAAAAGAUGCGUUCAACAAACUAAAACUCGCACUCUCUGAGAUACCUAAGUUGGCAUAUUUUGACCCUAACAAAAAAACGCGGGUCAUAGCGGACGCUAGUCCAGUUGCGCUAGGCGCGGUAUUGUUGCAAACCGAUCUCGCUGGCGAAGCCCAAGUCAUAUCAUUCGCAAGUAAAAGUCUUUCAGACACAGAGAAGCGAUACUCUCAAACGGAAAAAGAGAGUCUGGCACUGGUGUGGGCGGUCGAGAGGUAUUACUAUUACCUGAUGGGGUUGGAAUUCGAGCUAGUCACUGACCAUAAGCCGCUAGAGACAAUCUUCAAGCCGACGUCGAAACCACCUGCUAGGAUAGAGAGGUGGCUCCUUCGGUUACAGCCUUUCAAAUUUAAGGUCAUAUAUCGGCCAGGCAAAGAGAAUAUUGCAGACUCCGUGUCAAGGCUCUGCAAAGUCGUGAAUGCAAGCACUUUUGACAACGACCACAACCAUAACAUUUUUCACAUUGUCGAGAGCUCCAUACCUUCAGCUAUGGGAAUAUGCGAGAUUGCGAAGGAAAGUACCAAGGAUCAGGAAUUGGUAAAUGCUGCAUCAUACGUGAAAGAUGGCUUGUGGGAGACGGACAAAACUAGCACGUUUUAUCCAUUCCGGUACGAAUUGUCAGCGGUAGGCGACAUCUUACUUCGAGGCACUCGAAUCGUUAUACCAAAAACCUUAAGAGAGCAAACGCUACAGCUGGCCCAUGAAGGACAUCCGGGGGAAUCGGCCAUGAAGCGGAGAUUACGGUCCAAAGUGUGGUGGCCAUUAAUAGACAGAGAUGCGGAAUCAUUUGUGAAAAGAUGCGUAGAUUGCUUACUAGUUUCUCAGCCAAAUAAACCAGCACCAAUGCAAAGGCACUCGUUCCCGAAUGGACCAUGGCAAUGCGUGGCCACUGAUCUUCUCGGUCCACUCCCAAAUGAUGAAUACGUAUUGGUAUUGAUCGACUAUUAUUCCCGAUAUCAAGAGGUCAAGUUCACUAAAAGAAUUACAUCUGAAGUCAUAAUUUCCAUUCUGCGAGAAAUUUUUAGUCGGUUGGGGAUACCAAAUUCAUUAAGAGCGGACAACGGCCGGCAGUUUGUGAGCGCGGAGUUUAAGAGUUUCUGUCAAACCCACAACAUGGAACUAAUCACAACCCCUCCAUACUGGCCGCAGGCUAAUGGAGAGGUCGAAAAUAUGAACCGCUCGUUAGUGAAACGGUUAAUAAUAGCACACAACAACAAAAGAGACUACAAGAAGGAAAUUCAGGACUUUACGCUCAUGUACAAUGUUACCCCUCACGGUACAACUGGGACAUCACCAUCUGAACUUUUGUUCAACCGCGUUAUCAGAGAUAAGAUCCCGGGGAUACAAGACUUGACAGGCGAUAUGCUGGAUUCAGCGGCCAGAGACUUAGACAUGAUCAACAAAUGGAAGGGGAAAGAGAAGGCAGAUACGAAGCGCGGAGUGAAAGAACCUGAUAUUGAAGUGGGAGAUAAAGUGCUUCUACGAAAUGUUAUAUUCCCACACAAACUCACACCAACGUUCGAUCCAACGGAGUAUGUAGUAAAGGAAGUGAAUGGAAACGAGGUGACGAUAGCGGCGAAUGGGAAGUCGUUGAGAAGAAACAUAAGCCAUGUAAAAAGACUGCCGGUUACCAAAAACGCUAAUCCUUCUGUUUCAGGAGAACACCAAAACGCCGCAGGAUUAACCACACCGGUUACUACCACGACAACAGUACCAGCGAAGGUCGCAAGUGACAUGGUUCCACAAAGCGAGGCGUCGUCAGCAAGACCGCAUAAGGCUGUAACAGUUUCAUCAUCAACAAUUCCUACUGCCUCAAAUUCAUAG